CAGCAGCAGCAGCACCGCCAGCACCGUCAGCAACCACCAGCAACCAGCAGGAGCAGACGUGCCACAGCCACCAAGCUGGCAACCACAAGCUAUCGGCUGGUUGUGGCGCCGGCUGGCAGCCAAAGGAGCGGCGGGAAUGUGGUCGUCAGCAGCGUCAGCGGUGGCGCCACCGUCACGGGCAACACAAUUGUCACCACGGGCAACGGCAGCAACAGCUCCGGCAGCGGCGGCGGUGGCGGCGGCGGCGGCCUGAACGUGACCACAAUCACCACCACCAGCAAUAGCUCGCAGGCGCAGUCGUCGUCCGGUGGCCAGAGCAAUGGCACCACCUACAAGAUCGAGAUGCUGGACGACGACAUGCAGAGUCUGGCCACAGAUGACGAGGACGAUGAUUUGAUUAGCAGCGAGGGCAGUCUGUACGAUGGCGAUCUCAAUACGCUGGCCAACGACGAUGUCGCCCAUCAGUUGGCGGCUGCUGGGCCAGUGGGCGUGGCAGCGGCCGCUGCGAUAGCCAGCUCAAAGAAACGCAAGCGUCCGCACUGCUUCGAAACGAAUCCCUCGGUGCGCAAGCGGCAACAGAAUCGUCUGCUGCGCAAGCUGCGCGGCAUCAUCUACGAAUUCACCGGGCGCGUGGGCAAGCAGGCGGUGGUGCUGGUGGCGACACCCGGCAAGCCGAACACCAGCUACAAGGUGUUCGGGGCUAAGCCGCUGGAGGAUGUGCUGCGCAAUCUGAAGAACAUUGUGAUGGAUGAGCUGGACAAUGCACUGGCCCAACAGGCGCCGCCGCCGCCCCAAGAGGAUCCGUCGCUGUUCGAGCUGCCCGGCCUGGUCAUCGAUGGCAUACCGACGCCCGUUGAGAAGAUGACGCAGGCACAGCUGCGUGCGUUCAUACCGCUCAUGCUCAAGUAUUCGACGGGGCGCGGCAAGCCGGGCUGGGGGCGAGAGUCGACACGGCCGCCAUGGUGGCCCAAGGAGUUGCCGUGGGCGAAUGUGCGCAUGGAUGCCCGCUCCGAGGAUGACAAGCAGAAGAUUAGCUGGACCCAUGCGCUGCGCAAGAUUGUGAUCAAUUGCUAUAAAUAUCAUGGACGCGAAGAUCUGCUGCCGACAUUCGCCGACGACGAGGACAAGGUGAAUGCGCUGAUCUCGCAGUCUGGCGACGAGGACGAGGACAUGGAGCAGCUAUCCAAUACGCCCACCAUACAGACGGUGCAAACGGUGACGCCGGCCACCAAUCAAACCACCAGCCAACCACAACAGGUGAACGUGGUGAAGAUCAACAGCGCUGGCACAGUGAUCACAACGCACACAGCCCAAUCGAAUACGCCAGCUCCGACGAUCAUCCAAAGCACGAACAAUCAACAUGUGACCACGACGGCCACACUGCCGGCAUCGACUAAGAUCGAGAUAUGCCAGGCGCCAGCGCCACAGCAGCAGCAGCAGCAGCAACAUCAUCAUCAGCAACAGCAGCAGCAACACCACCACCAACAGCAGCAGCAGCACCAUCAGCAGCAGCAUCUGCACACAACCAGCAACAACAAUACGACCACAGUGCACAUCCAGGCGGUCAGCCAGUCGCAGCCGCAAACGAUUCAAUUGACAACGGCGAGCGGUACGGCCACAGCGACGGCUGUGCAGACAACAGCAGCCGCUGUAAGUGCAUCACAGGCGGCACAGGCAGCUGCCGCAGCUGCUCAGCAGCAGCAGCAACAACAGCAGCAGCAGCAGCAGCAACAGCAAUCGAACGCUGCUCAGACCGUAACCGCCCAACAGAUAGCCAAUGCCCAAGUUUGCAUCGAGCCCAUAACGCUGAGCGACGUUGAUGUUCGUACUAAUCUCUCUGAACUUGUAACUAAACUAGACUCAAUCUUCAAACUUGAAACCCUAAUCCAGCUGUUUGACCUUGGGCAUUAUGCACGACGAUUUGAUCGAAGCAAAGCAAAGAUCAAACAUUAUAAAUUCUCUCUUUACAUCAAAUUUUUGUGAAAGCUUUACCCAUAU